UGAAGAGCAUUGUAAAGGAACAACCCUCGAAUCCCCUCCGCGUGCUUGGCGAAUACUUGAUUCAGAAAAGCAAUGAGCUCGAGCAGGGAAGUGCGUCUGCUGCUGCGACGAAAACGCCGGAGUAAUGAUCAGUUAAAGGAAAAAAGGUCGUCGUAGAGCGACAAGACACCUUCGAGGAGGGAUACAUAGUGGGUGAUAUGGACACUGCGCACGCAUACGUGUGAUGUGCUUCACUUUUUUUUUUUGUUUUUUUUUGGGGGGUUUGGGACGACAAGGCAAAAGGGGUCGGCGUUUGUAUUGUCAUGUCAAUGAUGGUUUGAUACGAUAUGGGAGAUUUGGAGCUAUAGGGUACGAUGAAAACACACAGGUCUAUAGGCUGGAGAUUUUGAUGGAAAUAUAUUUCUCACACAGCUCCGAGUCGUCGUGGGAAACACUUCAACGAGACGAGCGUUGGUGCGGUCUGGAACCAUGGUGGACACCGACCGCUUGGUGUGGACUUAUGAGACGGCGAUGGGCGGCAGAUGGUCAUCAUGCUCAGCUCCAUCAUGCCGUCAAAAAUCCUUCUCCAAGCGGAAAUAUGUUUUAGUAGGAGGCCCGGCAUGAAUGGUUGACAACUCGGCUGCACAACGCAUCCAGAAGUCGGUCUACGUAAAUGUAUGUCCGGUGCUACUGUGUGUAUCAUAUUGAGCAGGUCACACAACUUGAAC